GAGUGUCAUUUCACAGGAUUGGGUUUCAUCAAGGUGAACUCAGCCAGUUAUGGACGCAGUGACAAAACCACCUGCAGCAGUGGAAAACCAUCGAAUCAGAUUUCAAACACCCAAUGCCACCAGUCCCGGUCUCAACACAUCAUGUCCGACAGGUGCGAUGGAAUGUCUAGUUGUACUGUACCCGUUACAAACUCUGUGUUCUCUGAUCCUUGUCGUGGGACUUAUAAAUACUUGGAUGUUUCUUUCACAUGCCUCCCAGCCAGUAAGUGUGACUAUAUAUUUACAACAAGCUUUUCAAAUGUGACCGUACCUACUGACCCUCUAUGGUGUUAUACUAAAUGGUUCUUCCUUUUUGACACACAGAAAGAAGUAUGCAAUGGGAAGUCUUCUUGUGAGUUAGAUGCUUCAAACGCCGUCUUCUCUGAUCCCUGUCCUGGUGUCAGCAAAUACUUGGAAGUGACAUAUAGUUGUAACGACCUGAUCACCUCUUCUGAAGAAAUCACACCUUAA